AUGGAAUCCACUGCUGCAUGGGCGGGACCUUACGAGCUUCAGCUGGCGAAGAACUGGACCGCACAGCACCAUGAUCCAGAUCCUACGGAGACCUAUAUGAAUAGCCCUGAGAAGCUGUUCCAGGAAAGACAGAAGGAGUUCAUGGAUGAUGCCAAAUUGAUGAAAACGAAGAUGCAUAGGUACCCUCCAAGCAUUCAAGCUCUCGGCGAUUGGUGUACUAUGCCCAAGGUCGUGGCCAUCGGCCCUUACUACCACCCCGAAGGCCACCUUCAGAAGGCGGAGAAGAUGAAGCAUGUGGCUGCGCAGUACUGCAUCCAGGAGUACAAAAAGGUCAACAACGACAAUUCCGGCCUCUCGGUCCGGGACAUGUAUGACGCGGUGGUCUCCGUCGCCGCGAAAAUCGAUGCCCGCGCCCUCAACGACAAGGACGUGAUGGCAGCCAACAAAACAACGAAGCUCCCAGACAUGGGCCUCGCCAGGAAGUGGAUCAUCUUCGCCGAGCUCUCCAUGGCGCCGCUGUCUCUCAACGAUGCACGUGCAAGCUGGCUCGUCAACAUGGCGGCUCUCGAGAUAUGCACGACUCCAAAUUUUUUGAAUGCCAAGGCGGAAGACUCUGCUGUCUGCUCGUACCUCCUCCUCCUGUGCAUGUUGAUGCAUCGGGAGAAGGACGUGCAUGAGCUGCGAACCAAGGGUAUCCUGCAAGGAGGAGCAGGGCUCAAAAACAAGACGACACUCGACUUCUUCACCAGCCUGCAGAGCCUGCGCAAAGGACGCUGCUAUGCCGACGUCAUUGUAGAGAUCCAUAUUUACAGGAACAAGAGGCCGUGGAUCAAGGUGUACGCGUUUCUUUACAACAACUGCAAGUACAUCGUCGCGGUUGUCUCCGCCUUUGGUGGAUUUAUCGGUAUCAUAACGGCGCUCAUGAGACUCAAGGGCGCCCAUUGA